AUGAAGUCAUCUUCCGCUCUAAUCUUUACCUUAUUGGCGCGCCUGUGUGCCGCGCGCACAGAUUGCAAGAAAGUCAUUGUUCCCAACUAUCAAGCCCCCAGGGUUGCGCCUGGAUGGCAAGCCCAAGUUGUAGUAUCGGGUCUGAAGAAGCCUCGAAGUAUCGAGUUUGACAAGGAGGGCGGCCUGCUUGUUGUCGACGCUGGUGCUGGUGUGUUCCGUCUUGUCUUUGAAGACCAUGGCGGCACUUGUCUCGAGGAGAAGGAGAGGAUUCUGCUGGUCAACAACUCUGCACUAAACCAUGGCUUGGCCCUUUCCGCCGAUGGCAACUCCUUAUUCGCAUCGACAGUCCAGUCGGUGUUUCGAUGGGCCUACGAUGCCAAGGGUAGCAGAGUUAGCGGCAACCCGCAAGAGAUCAUCACUGGGAUGCGCAACCAGGUCUUGACGACCAGGACGUUGACCAUGGCCAAAAAGGCCACCGGAAUGCUCCUCGUAUCCCGCGGCAGUGGUGGCGACGGCGACGCAGCAGCUCUCGCUGCCGCGCGCGACGUGAACUCGGGCACCUCGCAGAUUCGCGCCUUCGACACCCUUCGGGCCUCGGACGGAGGCCAGGCUUGGGAGUUCAACAGGGCCGGUAGACGGAUGGGCUGGGGCCUGCGCAACGCAGUCGCAGUCGCUGAGCAUCCUAUCACGGGAGGCAUCUACAGCAUGGACCACUCGGUAGACGGGAUUGAGCGCAACGGCACCGACAUAUCGCUCCGGAAUCCAGCCGAGGAGUUGAAUUUUCACGGUUUCCUAAACGCAACAGAAGACAACCAGGGAGGCAACUACGGGUAUCCAGUCUGCCAUGCCGUUGGCGACCCGUCUCGCAUACCCGGCGGGGAGGACCUUGAGGUCGGCAGCCAGUUCGGCAUCAACACCAACGCCUCCAACAGCGACGCAACGUGCAACGGGAAUUACACAGCACCUAGGCUGGUUUUCCCCGCCCAUUACGGCCCGAUGGAUCUCAAGUUCAACAAGGGAGGAAACGUUGCUUUCUUGAGCUUUCGCGGCAGCAUGAGUAAGACAAAUCCGGUCGGCUAUCGUGUGUCAAUGAUCGAGUUUGACGCUUCCCGUGGCCAACCGAAGGAACCUUCCAACAGCACGACGGCACUAAAGGACCUCAUCUUCAACGGCGAUGGUCACGACUGUCCAGACAACUGCAUGCGGCCAGUGGGAUUGGCCUGGGACGUCAAGGGUAGACUGUGGGUUACGGCGGAUUCGACAGGUGAAAUAUAUGUGCUCGAGAGACAAUUGGAGACGCCGACUACCGGUGAUGGGAUCAUGAUCACGGAGCCAGCCAAGAGUGCUGCUGGGACUGUUGCAACCUGGGGAGGUCUGGGAUUACUCUUCCAUGCAGUCGUGUCUGUGUUUGCCGUUUUGUGA